AUGUUUCGGUCCCUCCUCUUUGCGUUCGCACAUCGGCCAGGCUGCUGCCGCUUCGCUCAACCGACCCUCAGCAACACGCCGACGCGUAAACAUGUCCGAGAAACUCCCCUUCAAAGUUGCUGACACCAGCCUGGCCGAGUGGGGGCGCAAGGCCAUCGACAUCGCCGAGAACGAGAUGCCGGGGCUGAUGAAGAUGCGCGAGAUGUACGGCGCCGCCAAGCCGCUGAAGGGCGCUCGCGUCGCCGGCUGUCUGCACAUGACGCUGCAGACGGCCGUGCUCAUCGAGACGCUCACCGCGCUCGGAGCUGAGGUUCAGUGGUCUAGUUGUAACAUCUUCUCCACUCAGGACCACGCUGCUGCCGCCAUCGCCAAAACCGGUGUACCAGUGUACGCGUGGAAGGGGGAGACGGACGAAGAGUACAUGUGGUGCAUCGAGCAGACAAUCUACUUCAAAGACGGACAAGCGCUCAACAUGAUCCUGGACGACGGGGGGGACCUCACCAACCUGGUCCACAGCAAGUACCCCAAACUGCUCAAAGGCAUCCGCGGCUUGUCGGAGGAGACGACCACGGGCGUCCACAACCUGUACAAGAUGAUGAAGAAGGGAGAGCUCAAGGUGCCCGCCAUCAACGUCAACGACUCCGUCACCAAGAGCAAGUUUGACAACUUGUACGGCUGCCGCGAGAGCCUCAUCGACGGCAUCAAGCGCGCCACCGACGUGAUGAUCGCCGGCAAGGUGGCGGUGGUGGCGGGCUACGGCGACGUGGGCAAAGGCUGCGUGCAGGCGCUGCGCGCGUUCGGAGCCCGCGUCAUCGUCACGGAGAUCGACCCCAUCAACGCCCUGCAGGCCGCCAUGGAGGGCUACGAGGUGACCACCAUGGACGAAGCCUGCCUGGAAGGCAACAUCUUCGUCACCACCACCGGCUGCGAGGACAUCAUCCACGGGCAUCACUUUGAGAGCAUGAAGGACGACGCGAUCGUGUGCAACAUCGGACAUUUCGACUGCGAGAUCGACAUGAGCUGGCUGAACGACAACGCCGCAGAGAAGAUAAACAUUAAGCCGCAGGUGGACCGCUAUCGGAUGAAGAGCGGGCGCCACGUCAUCGUGCUGGCCGAGGGCCGCCUGGUCAAUUUGGGGUGCGCCAUGGGACACCCCUCGUUCGUCAUGAGCAACUCCUUCACCAAUCAGGUUCUGGCUCAGAUCGAACUGUGGACCAACACGGCCAAGUACCCCGUGGGCGUCUACUUCCUACCCAAAAAGUUGGACGAGCAGGUCGCGGCGGCGCAUUUGGACAAACUGGGCGUGAAGCUGACCAAGCUGACUGACAAGCAGGCCAAGUAUUUGGGGCUCCCCGCGGAAGGACCCUUCAAGGCCGACCACUACCGCUACUGAGGAGGGACGACGACGGAAGACGACCGCCGUAGAAACCCGAGCGUCCUCGGCGGCCGCCGCUUUUGCUCAUCUGCUGCCGUUCCCUCUCCUUAACGGAAUGGGAGCCCCCUGCCCCAUCCGGACCGUUAGCCUUUUUAGCCAGCUGACGAGUUGCUGCGGCCUUAUUCCAGUUCGCACUUAGCGGUCGCUCGGACCGCCAUCGGGUCAGAAGAGAGGAUUCCUAAUGAGGUCUUAAUCUUUCAUUACUGUAAUUAAUUUAAUUUGACUUGAACGGUUCCUUUGGCGACUGCGCUCUGAACUCGGACGCUUUGCAGCGUCUGUGAUGAUUGUUGACAAUAAACACGGUGAGUGAC